AGGAGCAUGAGUUAUCUCCCUUCGACGACGAAGAGCUCUCCAGGAUCUCCAAGAUUUCUUCUGCUACAUGGCGACCAACGCCAACAGUCUCUCCCUGUUGAGGGCCAUCAUACGGGAACUGAGGCAUGUCUACGGCAAAGGCCUAUAUCAGUCUCCAUCCUAUCUCUACAUGAAAGAUCAGUUCCAUAAAUCAAGUGUAACCAGCGAAAAAUAUUGUCGUAGUAAAACAGAUCUUCAGUAUCAAGCAAUGACAUACCUUACUUUUCUGCAAAGUUCUCGGCUACUCCAGGAGGUGACAGACAUGUACAAAGGGGCUGGUGAAAGAAGUAUUGAAGCUAGUGCUGAACUAGUUGGUCUGAAGUUACCUAAGAAUCAUGUGCCUGAAACUUGAACUGGAAUAAGGAAAGGACUUGGAAUAAAUUUUUUAAAAUAAAAAGAAA